CCACCUCGUCUUUUCACCACUUCAUCUUCUCCCUCUACAAAUACCUCUACCUCUCUGAGUCUCUCUCUCUCAAAUUCUCUCUGAGUUCUUAGGGUUUUCUUCUCUCUUUUUGUUCUCGCUGGGCCCCGAGUUAUCUUAUAAAAAUUCGAGAGACUGUCAUUAUUGAAUCUUAAGCAAGCAGCAAGCUCCGCCAUUAAAAUCCCACGCCCAUUUCGCUGAUAUUUCUCGCUGUCUUUUCUUUGCCGUUUUCGUUUACUUUUGCUCUAAAUAUCAUCUGGGUUUUGUGAUUUUUCUAACCAUGGAACCGAGGUUACUCGAUGACGGCGAUUUCUGGCUUCCGCCUGAGUUUCUUACCGACGAGGACUUUCUUAUGGAUGAGGAGAACAAGGUGUUCAAGGGCAUAGAUACCUUUGAUGGGUCCGGGUUCGGAAAAUAUGGCGGCUCCAAGUUCUUCUUCCCGAACGAGUCCCGCUCCGUGUUCGGGUCUCUUGCGGUGAACUCGGGUCUCAGUUCUCCUGUCGAGUCUCUGGUCGGUUCGACGGAAACGGAGAGUGACGAGGAGAAUUUCAUAUCUGGGUUGGCCCGCCAGAUGGCUCAUUCUACCUUGGAAGAGGAUUUCGCCGGCGAAUUUGGCGGUAACCAUAAUUUUCCGGCGGGCAACAAGAUCAAGGGGUGGAGUCAGUCAGGUUCGCCGGAAUCGACCCUGUGUGCCGCCGGAAUCAGCUGCUACUGUCGACGGCGAGUCCCUUCUCCGGCGGCGGUUGAUCUGUACUUCGCCACGGCCGAGGAAAUGGACGAGCCGUACGGAAUCAACCAUGGCGGAAGAGGACUUCUUGGUCCACCCGUAAAACCAUCUCCGGUCCCCGUCCCCACCAAAAAUCCUAAUAUCGGCUCUGGCUACUAUCACCACCCUCCCCUUCAUUACCAGAAGCUUCAAGCCAUCCUAUUUCAGCAGCUGAAGCAGCAGCAGAUGAUGAAGCACAGGCAAGUGAUGCGUAACAUGGGAAGGCGUAGUGGCGGCAACGACACUGGUCGUGCUGUGGGUUUGUCUCCAUGUGCAUGGCCUAAUCUGCAACAUGCACAGCCGACCGGAAAACGUGUGUCGGCCGGAACCGGCGUCUUCUUGCCUCGCCGUGUCCCCGCCACCGAGACACAGAAGAAGCAGACCCUUUCGACGAUGGUGGUUCCGGCGAGAGUGGCUGAGGCCCUGAAUCUGAAAUUGGACGACUCGGCCGCUCAACGGAUUGUCCGGCCUCGCUUCGAGUCUCCUGCCGAUCUCAAUGAUACCUCGUUGAGGUUCAGGAGCAGCAACAAUGGCGGAUUCUCGGGUCAGAACCGCGGGGGAAUCAGGGCGGAGCAAACGGCGGCAUCGAACGAGCUCCGGUUGCCUUCGGAUUGGUCUUACUGAAUCUCUAGGUAUCUGGGUUUUUGUAUUUUUGGGUGUUUGUUAAGGUAAAAGAUGAAUCACAAGGGGAAGAAGAUGCAAUUCCUGAUAAUGGCGGCUGAGGGUAAAUGCAGUAAUAAUAUCAAAGAAACUAUGAAUAUACCUAGAUGAUAUUUGCAGGAGGGAGAAUGACAAUAAUGUGGGUAUAAAAAAGGAAUAAAUUUUGGUUUAGAAAAAAAAAAGAUUAGAGCUUUUGGUUUUAAAUUUGGAGGUUAUUGAUAACUUUUUUCUUUUUGAAUUUGUAUUCCAUUUUUCAUCAAAUUCUUUUUUUUUAAAUGAAGGAAUUUGUUGGAAGUAAUUACUUCAAAGUUAUAAAAUCACGAGGCUUGAUUGAUUUACAAAUUGGGUGUACAAA